AUGAAGAAAUUCAUCCCUUUGCUCGCCGAGAAAGGUUAUUCGUGCCAGAAUACUAAACAAGCAAAAGACGAGACGACUGUGGUGCCAGUGGAACAUGUAGGAUAUAAAAAAGGAAAGGGUUCUGCAGGACCAACCAAAUCUAAGAAGCAGAAAGUUUAUACCUAUACCCCAUUGCUUAUAGCUACUAUCACAGGAUUUGUGCCUAUUGUUAAAGAGAUACUUGAGCAGCAUCCUCAGGCAGCUGAGCACGGUAGCGUUGAUCAACAGAACAUUUUGCAUCUGGCCAUUAAGCACCGUCAAAAAGAGAUCUUUGAGCUUAUCGAAAGCAAGCCAACAAUAAGGUCAAGGUUGAAUGCGAGGAUUGACGGUGAUCGCAACACCAUAUUGCACAAAGCUGCAGAUAGAAUAGGAGCGAUUACUCUAUAG